AUGAGGCCAAUUGCGUUAAGCAAUGUGGUUUACAGGAUUAUGGCGAAGAUGAUUGCGAAUAGAAUGACGCCACUGAUGGGAGGAAUAAUCUCAGAGUCCCAGAGUGCUUUCAUUCCGGGCCGUUUAAUUACAGAUAAUAUAUUGGUGGCUGCGGAAGUGGGACACUAUUUGCAUAGGAAACAGUGUGGCAGUGCGGGGUGGAGUGCGUUAAAACUGGACAUGUCAAAAGCUUAUGACAGAAUGGAAUGGCCUUUCCUGAAGAAGAUGAUGACUGUUAUGGGUUUUGAUGAGCACUGGAUCCGCCUUAUUAUGCUAUGUGUUACCACAGUAAGAUAUUCGAUUAUGAUAAAUGGGGAGGUGGGUGGAAGUGUGACCCCGACUCAUGGGCUGAGACAGGGAGAUCCUCUUUCUCCUUAUUUAUUUAUUAUUUGUGCGGAGGGACUUUCAAUGUUAUUACAGAGAGCACAGAUGGAUGGGGCUAUACAUGGAUGUAGGGUGGCUAGAGGGGCACCACCGGUCUCACACUUAUUUUUUGCAGAUGACAGUCUGUUGUUUUUCAAAGCAAAUAUUCAGGAAGCAGCUGUUAUUAAGCAGUGCCUGGUUAGAUAUGAGAAAUUGUCUGGCCAAAUGGUGAACUAUAAUAAAUCAAAUAUUUGCUUUAGUAGAAAUACCCAGAUGGCGCAGAGGCAGCAUGUGGCGUGGUGUUUGGGGGUGGAACUGGCAUCUAAUUUUGGGAAAUAUCUGGGGCUCCCUUCCUUUAUAGGAAGAAAUAAAAGGGCUGUAUUUGCAUAUAUUGAGGAUAAAAUCAGGCAGCGAAUUGGAUCAUGGAACAAAAAGUUACUCUCACAGGCGGGGAAGGAAGUACUCUUAAAAAGUGUGGCUCAGUCUAUGCCUACAUUUUCUAUGAGUGUGUUUUUGUUACCUGAAUCAGUGUGUUUGUCUAUACAACGUACUAUGAAUAAAUAUUGGUGGGGGACAAGAGCAGAUCGUGGAAUACAUUGGAAGGCUUGGGAUAAAUUAUGCAUCCCUAAGAAAUAUGGAGGAUUAGGUUUUAAGGACCUUCGUGCGUUUAAUCUGGCCAUGCUGGGGAAACAGGCAUGGAGAUUUCUUACAGAACCUACCACUCUAGUAGCAAGGAUCUAUAAGGCUAGAUAUUAUCCAACGACUACUUUUAUUGAUGCUACUAUAGGAAAUAAUCCGAGCCACUGCUGGCGGAGUAUUAUGGCCACCCAUGAUCUAGUCUGUGCCGGGGUGCGCAGAAGGAUUGGAAACGGUAGGGAUACAUUGAUAUGGGGACAUCCUUGGUUGUCUGAUGAUCCUAGUCCUUUGGUUCAAACACACAUGCCUGAAGGGUUAAGACAAGCACUAGUGAGUGGCCUUGUAGAUCAAGAUACGGGUACCUGGGAUCCACAUAUUCUCAAUGAUUUAUUUGUUCCUGAGGAUGUGAGCCGAAUCUCAAGAAUACUAAUAAGCCCAGAUUAUGAUGACACUUGGUAUUGGAAGGGGGACACACAAGGAAUAUACACGGUUAAGAAUGCCUAUAGGCAUAUUAUGGGGGACUAUUCUGAUGACCCAGGUGCUUUUGAUAAAUGGGUUACAUUAUGGAAAUUAAGAGUGCCACCCAAAUGGAAAACCUUUUUAUGGAGAGCCGUGUCUGGCAUACUACCCACCACUGAUAAUUUAAUUGUUAAACGGGUGGAGGUGGAUCCUAUAUGUCCCAUGUGCGGCAAUACACAGGAAAAUAUUAUGCAUGUACUGGUUUUAUGUGAUUAUUCUAAAAUGGUUUGGAAUAUUUCGGGGUUACCUGUCACGAAUAUUCAAACUAAUUUUUUCCGAUCAUGGUGCAUAGGCAUGAUGGACUCGUUGUUGGAGGGGCAAGUACGCCUGGCAGUUGGGAUCCUCUACUACUUAUGGUUAGCAAGGAAUUCGGCGCUGUGGGAGAGAGCCUUGCCGUGCACGGCCUACGGCUACAGUGAAGAAGGCGGUGCUGACCGAGGAGGCCUUCACCAGGCUGAGACGUGGGACGACACAGCCGAAUGCUACGGUGAUGCCGGAAACCGAACCGUAUGGGCUCAGGUGCUAUUUCGAUGCAGGCUACAGACAACACACGGGGGAAGCAACGUUCGGAGUUGUGUUACUCAGUCACGAGGGUGUUUUUAUGGCAGCCUCGGCGGGGACACUACCUGGAGCUUUUUCACCCAUUAUGGCAGAAGCCCUAGCAUGCAAGGAAGCCCUAUCGUGGCUUAA